AUGCGGAGCAGAUUGCGGUGGGACGUGAUUCGUCCGCUGGUGUUCGUCUUCGAGAUUUUCGGAGAGGUUUUCCUGAGCAUUAGCGCUUUCCAUCAGCAUGCGGCAGCAGGAGCAACCGGCAAGCAGCUUCUACCGACCGUCGCCACUCCCGUCCAUCUCAAAUCCUUGGUCCCCGUGACGACGGCUUCCACCACGCAGCACCACGGCAAUGGUCUCAGCUACACCGCCUUCACUCAACCCUCGCAUGCAUCCGCUAUACCACUGGCAGGCCAGCUGAAGACUAUACCGCAACAGAGUCUGCUACAGACGCAACCAUCCUACUACAACGUCGCCGCAUCGACCAACGUUCAGCAGCAACAGCAGCAGCAGCAGCACAUUCCAGUAUAUUACCGGAGCCAGGCCCAGCAGCAACAGCAGCAACAACAGCAGCAGCAGGUUCAGCAGCAAACCCAACGCCUGCAGGUCUACCCGACCGCAACGAGUCCGCUUCAGAAGACCCCACUGGUGUACACCGCAGGCCAGUUUGCUCAUCCGGUACCAUCGCAGUACGCGGCGUACGCGUACGGCUCGCAUCAACCGGCUGCUGGGCUUUUCCAGCCACAGGGUGCGUUCGGGAAAAUCACGUACGCUCCGAAUGGUGCGGCGGCCGGUUCCGGUGGACGUGGCGGAUCCAUCUAUCUGUUGCACUAA